GGCUGAUUGCGUAGACACUCCCUCAGCCAGUUUUGUCUUUGCACGCAAAAUUUCAAAAUUUGGGCGCAACGCAAGUGGCAAAACCGUAAAUACAAACCUUUGUCACAUGCAUGAAUGAUGUGCAUCCUUGGGCACUUUCACGGUUUCACACCGCACCCACGACCCGGCCCCUGAAAAUUACAAAAGCACAGUUUCCCGCCCAUUUCCUCUUGUUCUACAUUUUCUUCCCCCACCCACCCUAUGCGUCUCUUGCUCUUGGCAAGUUUCUUCUAAGGAUUCCCGCGAUGCCAGAUUUGGGAAACUUAUCUUUCUCUGCGACUCUCACUCUCUCUCACUGCUCCUCCGAUGUCGCCGACGCUCCCGUCAAAACCCUACCCGAUGCCUUCGGUUCCGACCCUCCCUUCGAGCCUCGCGUUUUGAAGCGCACCCGCGGCUCCCUCGAUCGAGUCACCGACACGCCCUUCCAGGAUCGCCUCAAACACCCCUUCCCUCUUCCAUUUCUCGUUGGCGCUCCCAAGAUGAGUGAAUGUUGCUUUUGCCGCCAUUUUAUCGACCCUGGGGAGGAGCUCUUGUGUUCUGUCCGCGGAUGCGACGCGCCCUACCAUUUGGAUUGUGCAAAAGAAGCUGUUGGGCCUUCCAGUCUGAAGAAAUUCAAGUGUCCACAGCAUGUAUGCUUCAUUUGCAAGAAAAAUAAGAACUUGAGGUGUGUGUGUUGUAAUAUUGCAUUCCACAGUAAAUGUUCACCAUGGCCAGAUGCAGUGUUGCAUCUAAAAGAUCAUCCUGGGAAAGCUGUUUGUUGGAGGCAUCCUUCUGAUUGGCGUCUGGAUAGAAAGCAUGAUGCUUCAACAAGUGAUAUUUCGGAGGUAUUUUGUCGCUUGCCUCUUCCAUUCAUCAGUGAGGAGUUUAAGAUUGACUUCAAUUGGAAAGAUAUGGACAGUAAGAUGGAGCAACCACCACCAUAUGUACACAUAAGGCGCAAUAUAUACUUAGUAAAGAAGAAACGUAGUGACGUGGAUGAUGGUGCAGGGUGCACAAGUUGCAGUUCUACAUGUUCUGAUGAUUGUGUGUGCAGGGUUCAAUGCAUAAGCUGCUCAAAGGCUUGUCACUGUUCAGAAAAUUGCAAUAAUCGGCCAUUUCGCAAGGAGAGAAAGAUCAAGAUUGUUAAGACUGAACUUUGUGGAUGGGGAGUGGAGGCCGCUGAAACAAUCGGUAAAGGUGGAUUUAUAAUUGAGUAUAUUGGAGAAGUCAUUGACGAUGCCUUAUGUGAAAAAAGGCUUUGGGACAUGAAAUACAGAGGGGUACAGAAUUUUUACAUGUGUGAGAUUCGGAAAGACUUCACAAUAGAUGCAACAUUCAAAGGAAAUACUUCACGCUUUUUGAACCAUAGCUGUGAUCCCAACUGUGUUUUGGAAAAGUGGCAAGUUGAUGGUGAAACACGUGUGGGUGUAUUUGCUGCUCGUUCCAUAAAAGCUGGAGAGCCGUUAACAUAUGAUUACAGAUUUGUGCAAUUUGGUCCAGAGGUGAAAUGCUACUGUGGCGCAGCAAAUUGUCAAGGCUUUCUAGGGACGAAAAAGAAAAUUGGGAAGCUGGAACUCUGUUGGGGUUCAAAACGUAAGCGAACAUCAAAUGCAAGCAUUACGUUGUAACAGCUGUAUGAUUUGCCAAAAUAUUAAGUGUAGUUAUCGCUGUUGUAAUGCAGACAGUGAAAAUCAGCCAUGAAGGGAUGGAUGAGUGAGUGUAAGAUGUAAUGGGAAUAGAAUAUCUCAAACAUUCUGUUCUAUUGUUGUAGAGGGAAAUGACAAUUUAUUGAUUUAAGAUUGACCGCUUUGUCACCCAAAUUUUCAUCCCAGUAAUACCGGUAUUGAAACAUAAGAUUGAUAUUGCUGCGAUGAUAUACAUUAGUGUUGAAUAA